AUGCCUACGAUACCAGAGCGAUACAACAGUAUUAAUGAAUAUACGCAAGAUAUCAUUGAAUUCAUUGACACGCCCCUAGUCCGCCAGAUUACUGGGGGUAUCCACGUCAACGACUCACUCAUCUACAAUGCCUGGGACGCCCUGCCUAGCGACUGGACAUCCUGGUGGACAUCAUUUCCAGAUCAUCGCAUAGCGCAGCAAGACCUAAUAGACAAUAUUGAUGAGUUGGAAUCUUCAAUCGCGACAUAUGACGAGAUGGAUGAAACUCAGCGACAUCGACCCCUGCCAGACCGACCAGAGUCGCUGUCCAAGUGGCUCGAUAGCGUGCAGUCACUCGCCCUCCCGCGGAAUCAGCGACCUGGCAGGGUCAUGACCCUCCCAGAGAUUCUAACAAGUCGCAUGAAGACCAAAAAGAUUGCUGAAGUAUCGACAGCCGUAGCAUACAUCCACAGCGUGUGCCAAGCCAACAACAUAACCCACGUCAUUGACAUGGGCUCGGGCCAAGGGUACCUCUCAAUCUCCCUAGCUUACCUCUUCCCGGAGCUACAAGUGCUGGCCAUCGACGGCAGCGAAUCCCAGAUCGCAGCCUCAAAAGCCUGCGCAGGUAGUCUUGGCAUUCCUGAAAGCAGGGUUCAGCAUAUGCGGCGCUACAUUGACGGCACGCCACCUUUGGCGGAUGAGAUAGAUACCUGGGCUGGAGGGGAGAGGUGCAUGCUCGUCGGUCUUCACGCGUGCGGGAAUCUCUCUGAGCAUAUGCUACGGUACUUCACCACCGUCCCGUUCAUUGUGCGCCUGGGCGUCGUUGGAUGCUGCUACAACCAUAUCGUCCCGCGUUCUACCACCCAUCCCGAAGGAUUUCCAAUCAGCGCAAAGUUGCGAGAGAAGAACGUGUCCCUCAGUGCUACGGCGCUUAUGACGGGUUGCCAAGCCCCGAAUAACUGGGCAAGGGCAGAUCCAAGAAAACAAGAGUCCGUGUACUCCAAAAGGCGCUUCUACCGAGCUUUGUUAGAGAAGGUCUUCCACGAUAAAGGAAUAGAACUUGACAAAGAGGACAGACCGACGUGGGGUGUGCUAAACGGAGAUAUGGCUAGCUUCAAUGCGUUUGCACGUAGGGCAAUGAGGUGCCUCGACGUUGACGAGAGCAAAAUCAGCGAUGCUGACCUCGAAGCUUACGAGGAAAGGUAUCGAGGGUAUGAGGGUAAAGUGGCGAUUCUCUGGACGCUCAGUGUCCUGUGCUGCAAAGUUGUCGAGAGCAAUAUCACCAAGGAACUUAAUGCUUAUAGCUGCUAA